AUGGUGAUCAUGUUCCCGGCGAUGAUCACAUUGAGCCAGCGCAACAUGACCGUCCGUGAGGAGCCGAAGAGUGGCUUUGCUGCAAAGGCUAGAUUGGCCAUGGGAGGCGGACGCAAACUUCGGGGUAUCAUGACUGCCAAGCUUGGCUAUGCCGUCCAGCACAGCCUUUCUUUCCAAAUCUUUGGAGCAUCGAUGUGGAUUGCCCUGACUGUACUUGGCACCUACUUCGGGCUCCAGGUGGAACGGGGUAUGCCGGACACGGAUUUAGUCACCGACUCCUCCCGUGUGAACGCAUACUUCGCGGACGUCGAAAGCUCCUUCGUCGGGAGUCUUCCUAUUGAGCUCGGUCUUGUCUUCGACUCACCGAGGACUCUUGAUGCAUCAUACCGGAGUCGCAUGUCGGAGUUGAUCGCAGCACUGAACAACAGGUCGGACCUGGCACUGCCCGUCGAUUGUUGGCUCCAUCGAGCAGUCGGCUCCUUGAGCAGUUCCGCAUCCAUGUGCGAGGUGGACACCGCCAUACUAACGUACCUGAACAACUCAGGUGUAAGUGGCCGGGAUGCCAAGGGCGGUGUCACAGAGCAUUUGCGAGCAGCGCGGUGUCGGGCCUUUCUGUGGCAGCCGACGGACGCGGAGAAGCGCAGUCAGCAAGCACUGGACAUAGUCAGCCAAGUGAAGGACGGGUUUCCGGAGCUGGAGGUCAUCCCGUAUCACUUGAGCUUCCCGACGCAGACAGCUCGCUACCGGAUCAUCAAGGACAAGACUUUCAGCACGGCCGGUUUUGCCUUCAUUGGGGUGUUCCUCGCAGUGGGGAUCACCAUGCCUGUUCACCUAGCCAUCCUGGCACUAGCUAACGUGUGUGCUGUCACGUGUGUGCUGUUCGGAUUUAUGUGGUUUUGCAGUAUCACCAGCAACCUCAUUUCAUUUACAGUUUGCGUCAUGACGAUCGGGUUUUGCGUCGACUACAGCUUCCACGUUGUGCACUUUGCCGACCACGGUGUGUCGCCAGGGACACCUUGGGACCAACGUAUGCGGCUCUCACUAGAGUCCUGCAGCUUUGACGUACUCCAGGGAUGUUUGACAGCCUUCCUUGGUGUGGCCAUGCUCGGAUUUGGCUCUGCACACGCCUUUCGGAUCUUUGCUCUCCUCUCGGUUAUCAUUACGCUCGUCGGUGGGUUCUUUGCUCUCAUUGGCUUGCCGUGCUUGCUGGCGCUCCUGUCUAGAGCGUGGCAUGCCUGCGCGGGUCAGGUGGCACCCGAGGAAUUCCUGAGUGACGCUGUGUUGCCAGCCGUGCCUGCGAAGGGGGGGACAGAACCAGCCAAGUUGGUGGAGACCCGCAAUUUUCUGCUUUCCGUGGAUCGCGUUUCACUGUAG